ACAGGUGAGACACACCUGGGACACACCUGGGACACACCUGGGGAUGGGGGACAACCUGCUGUGCACGCCCCGGGGCUGCCUGGAGCAGGCCACCUGGGCGCGGCUCCGUGCCGAGUUCCCGGCGCUCUCACCUGCGCAGCUGCACCACGUCCUGCGCCAUUACCGGCUGGGGCGGGACCGGGCCGCCCCACCUGCCUGGAGCCCCUCACCUGAGGAGAGCGGCGAGGCGAACACAGGUGAGACACACCUGGGCACACCUGGGAUAGCUAGGACACACCUGGGGCGUACCUGGGGUACUUGUGUUAUCUGCGUGUCACACCUGGGACACGCCUGCCUCACCUGUCCCCCCAGGUGACGUUUUCGAGAG